AACAAAACUGCAAUUGUUAGCAGAGGACAGGAAUAAGCAAUUUGACCAUUGACAGCAGUGGGUCGACCGAUCCUCUGACAAAUAUUUCUUUCAUUUUUAGCAAAGUGAGGGAUACCGGUUGAUACUUACGAGCAACCCUCGUGUUAGCAACCUGUGUGGUUUCAAUCGAUAGAAUCCAACAAAGAUGGUACUGAACGACUCAAACUCUGAUUGGGUGGCAUUUACUGAUGAUGGAGAUUCGUCUGGAUUCGAAACAUCACUUGGUUCUAUUGAUCAAGGAUUUGGUCGACGUGACAAAAGAGAUUUUGCUGAGAAAAACAACAAAGACGACAUAACCGUAGCGACAUGGAUGAAGAAACCGAUCAAUUCCGAUGCGUCUUGGGCACCAGUUAUCCCRCCACCACCGCCAGCAAACUGCCACUUAAAACUCAACAAAGAUAAUCCCGUGAUUGCCCACAAAAAACGCCCACCAAAAGCUCCGAAAAGUCCCCUACCAUCACGAGAUGAUUCGAAUCCGGUAUCAUCAUCAUCCGAAUCRUCGUCCUCUUUUGUUGGUUGGUCUCCCACUAGGAGUUCUUCUAGGCCUAGAGCAACAGCGCCGCUUUCGAUUGAUGUAUCAUUGGCAUCACAUAACUCAAAUCGAACCAAAUCUCCUUCGAUCCAAAGGUCGAAAAGGGACUUAUCUCGAGGAAGAUCCCGAGCACGGGAUCGUAACGGAUCCCAACAUCAGACGGAUCCAAUUAUCGCACCUAUACCACCAACCCGACGAGGUAGGUCGCUAAGUCAAAGUCGGCCAGCCGCAAGAGAACGCUCUUCCAGCGCUAGUCGUAAAAGCGCUCGAAGCAAAGUUCGAACACCUAACACGAAAUUGAGAAACUUGAGCCGUCCUCCAGUAACAUCUCCUAUAGGAGCUAAUCGUCUUCCAGAAACACACCACCGUUCACGAUCAAACAGCAGGAAUCCCCCUCCAAGGAAUAGAUCUGUGAGUCGCACUCGAUCCAAUAGUCGACCGCCUAAUUCUCUUCAGACAAGUAGAGAACGGCGAAACCCGAUGCACGAUGGUCGUAGUAUUGGCGGUUCGAGUCGACACCAACGCCGCCCUUCUAACGGUGGUGUAUCGAUAUCAUCRCGCUCUCGUCGAGGCAAAGACGAUAACUCCUUUUCUUCCUCCGAUCCCAACAUAGGAAGGGAUAUCAGCUUUGGUAGAGCACAAUCAGACGCAAUGGACAAAACUGGUACAGAAUCGAUAAAGAAGAGAUCGCCGAUGAUGGAAAAACUCUUUGGUGAUCAUGUAUCGAAGGAUGCAAAAUGUGCUUAUUUACCUCGAACAAAUUCUCCUUCUCCGUUGACCCUUGGUGCAUGGCAGCAGCCAGAAAGGAUUCAUUCCAGAAUUUUACUUACUGCCACUGUUUACCACAACACAGCGUCAAAUUUGUGGAUCGCUACUAUCAAUACUAAUCAAAAGGGUGUAGCUAAAAACCCUGCGAAGGCUUCAAGAUACCUCAAGGCCUUCUCAUUUCCUACUGAGAAGGAAGCAAGGGAAUCUGCAAUUGCGAAUGCACCCCCCAAAAUGAUGAAAUUCGACGAUAACUCUAACUGUUUCGUUUGCCAAGGCAAGUUUGCUAUGUUCCGCCGGGCCAGUCACUGCCGAAAUUGUGGAGUUUGUAUCUGCAAUUCGUGCUCCACUACAUGGCCCUCAAAAGCCAUUCCUGAAACUUAUAACCUGAAGAAGGAAUCACAGGUAAAAAUUUGCAAAAGUUGUAACUUUCUUAGUGGUGCUUUCAAAAGGGCAUUGCUCGAAGGGGACUACGAGGAAGCCGUGGCUUUAUACGGAACUGGGAACAUUAACUUGCGUACUCCAUUUCCACAGUUUUCGAGUAAAAAGGAGGAAGUCAUGUACCCUAUUCAUUGCGCUGUGGAAGGAGGGAAUCUAGAUAUUGUUCAAUGGUUAAUGGAAGAUCAUUUCUGUCCGGUGAAGCUCAUUCGUACUGGCGGCAAGAAAGCGGCUAAUCAAGAUUUCCCGAUCCUCACAUCUAAGAAUCGAUCUGCUCUCACGAUUGCGAUGGACGCUUUGCACGUGAAUGUCCUUCGAUAUUUGGUAGUCGAUAAAGGUGUCUCUGUUUACGAGUCGAAAGAUCUGAAGGGAUCCUUAAGAGCUUUGGAAGCAGUGCUAAAUGCAAUUCCGAGUAGUAUAGGCGAAUAUCGAAGUGACGGUUUCAACCAUCGAUGGGAUGACGAGGUUUUCGAUGGAGGUACUUCCGUCGCUAGUUCACUCGGCGCCGAUGCGACAUUUUCAGGAAGCGAAUUUGAUGGUUCAGCUAGCAAAAGAACAGAUGCAGAAAAAGUAAGUUGAGAGAACCUACAAUAAAAUUUAAUGAAUGAACUGGUCUAUUUUGCUAAACAAUUUUCAUUUUGUUCUAUCCUAAUUCAAAAAUUACACACAGUGCAUUCUAUGUUGUGACAAUACCAUUGAUUGCGUAAUCACUCCCUGUGGACAUCAAAUAUGUUGCCUCAAGUGCAGUAAAAAUCUAUCAACCUGCCCCGUCUGCAAUAUCUGCUGCGAAUUCAUAAAGAUAUACCGACCAUAGAAUGGACACCCGUGAUUGAGCUUUGGUUAUUACGAGAUCUUCACAUCAAACUUGGACUGCAUGGUUUCCUAUUCUAUGAACGGUUGAUAUAGCGUAUUCCGUACUCUAUCGGUACUAUGACUCGACAAAACCUGCGUUCUUGUCAUUGUACUGUUUCCAAAAUUUAAAAUUCAUUAAUCACUUUCUAUCAUCUUGCGUAACAUUGGGUAGUUAGUGA